AUGCCGCCGAGUAAGGAUCGGAGACUCGUAGGCAGAGGAGUUGGGGUCGGGAUCGGAUUGGGCUGCGGAUUCGGUUUAGGUUGGGGCUUUGGCGGGGUACCGAUUGGGUUUUGGGGCUUAGGUAUAGGUGGUGGUUGUGGCGUAGGCGUUGGUCUUGCGUGGGGUGUCGGUUUCGGCGCUGGAAGUAAGUACAUCAAUCAAUAUUUCUUAUUUCGCGACGUCGCCGCGCCAUAG